AUGAAUAGUGCCCAAUCUAACUUUUCUCCAGCCUUAUCAUCAAGGAACUCAAAACACUCUCCUGACAGUCUAUGGAACACACCACUGCCCCAUCUCAACCUUUUUCAAUCAUACCCUCAAGUUGCAACUCUCGGCCUCAACAACUGCCCUUCUCCCCGAGGGUUACACCCCCCCACAUUUGUUGUGUCGGAUGCAGCACAAGAUGAAGAGACGAAUCAGUCAUCUUCCCCUCUUUCCUCUGCACCUAGUUCCCCCAUGAACACACCACGACGCCGAGCCAUGUCAUUGCCGCCAUUAUCAAGCCCCAGUGUAAUCCAGAGCAGUCCAGUGGUUGGAUCCAAGGAGGAGCGCCUUGCCAUCAAGCGCAGAAAGAGUGCUAGAAAGCGGCAAAUGACCCUUGCCACCUCGAAGGCCAUCGCAUUGGAAGUUGAGGAGGAAUCGCAAAAGUCACGUCUCGAAAAUGUUCUCCGAUAUCUUGAGAAUCAGGAUGUUAGCCUUGGCGAGGUGAAUGAGUAUGUUUUUGAUCCACACAAUGGGCAGGGCUCUCACCGAUGGGAUGGUUUUUUCCGCGAGCAUGGUCGUGCCACACGAAUCCUGAAUUGGUGGGUAGCAUCAUCAAACAGCAUGACUGCCUGGGGCGAGGUCCAUGAAUGGGCAGUCCAAUAUGUUGCCAAUGCUGUUUCACGCGAGGCAGGUGCAAUAACACGUCAAGGAAUUCUGCGAAAACCAAUUAUCGACAAUGGUUUUGUCGAAGAUUUCAGUUUCGAGAACCUCUACCAGAGCCUUCGGAACCAAUUUGCGACUGUAACCACCUGCAUCUUUGAGUCUCUGGCCACAUCAUCCAGACAAUUGGCUAGCGGUCUCACACCUGCAAGAAUGGGCAAAAAGAGAAUGGUCAUCACCUCAUCGAUUUUGGCGUGUCUUGGUGAAUACAGUCUUUUCAACAAUGUCACCAAGCGUAUGAUGGCCUUGUACCUCUACGCUACUGGCUCCCAACGACAGCCAAUCACGGUUCUUUCGCAUUUAGGCAUUUCCGAAAGUUAUGCCAAUCUUGUCGCAAAGAUACCUUCUGAGAGUGACAAGACAUCUGCCUCUUCGGUCUCAGACUCAAUGAAGCCCAAACGUAUCCGGAAAGUAGCUGGAACACUCAAGCAACUGUCUGACUUUAUGCGCCAGAAAGCCAGGGAUGUCGCAGCAACAGGCUUGUAUGGUGUCGUCUAUGAUAAUAUCAACUUCAUGGCAAAGACUGCUGAGCAAAUUAUUGGACGCAAAGGUUUGUAA